AUGAGUACAAUGCAUACACUACAAGUAACGCUCGUCCAGGCGGGAGAUUUACCGAUCAGUGAUUUUGGGUUCUUUGGAAUGGGUGGUAAAAGUGACCCGUACGUUGUCUUUAAAGUCGGACGCGUGAGUCAAAAGAGUUCGGUGAUUCCAAACAGUUUGAACCCACGUUGGGAACCUGCUGAGACGUUUCAAUUUCAAGUCGAUCGACCUAAAGAAAAGUGUCUAGAGGUCCAUAUAAUGGACUAUGAUCGCUUUAUGAAGGACGAUUGCAUUGGCUCGGUGAAUCUUGCACUGGCUCCAUUUCUAGAGAAAAACCAGUCGGAAGUUGUGUCAUAUGAAGUCGAAGUACCACCUGAUUAUGACAAACAGAAUUGCAAGUCGGUGCUGUUUCUUGAGAUUCAAGUGACGCCUAAUGAAGAAGUUGAUCAAGUGCUUGAGCUCUGGGAGAAUCAACGGUACCAUAUUGUUAAGAAAUGGACUGCAGAUACGCACAUUGCUGGCUCAACGGAACGCAAACGCUGGAGUGAUAUCACGGACGCCAAUAUCUCAUCAGAUGCUUUUGAAAAAGUUGCACCGAAGGUACCGAAGCAUCUUGUAGCUGAAGGCUGGACUCUUGAUGUCUCACAAGGAGACGACAAUGGAUGGAUCUAUGCACCGUCAUUUGCUGGACCAUGGCAGAAAGAUCCCUUUACAUUAGCUAUGGUCAGGCGACGCAAGUGGAUUAACAGGUGCACAGCUCCAGGAAACCAGUAA